CCCCUUCCCCCUCUUCCAGGGGAAGCGCGCGCUGCCAGAGGAGGCGGAGUCGGAAACGCGCAGCAACGUCGGUCCGUUGUGUCUGCGGCUCCGCGGCUUCUCUUGCCUCCUCUCGGCUUCGGAUCCUCCGGGGAGCGGCUUCUUCUUCCAGCCCGCAGGAAAGCAGCGGAUCUUCGCCCUCGCGGACGGACGGACCCGGCGGGCGGCGCGGCGGGGACAGACCCGACUCGGCUCGGCUCCUUCUCCUCCCCCCGGCGAGGUGGAAAAACCCGGACGGAGGCCCGCAGUGUGCGCUCAGCCUCCCGCAGGCCUCCGGCCCGGACUCCCGCUUUUCUCCCGGAAAAUGGACGGAUUCACCGGCAGUUUAGGGGCGGGGCUUCAAGCUGAGGAAUGUGGGAGCCAGCUGUGAAAUAUGACACAUGUACCAGUGUGUAAACCCCCCCCAAUAUAAUCUGUGAAUUUGAAGAGUUUCCUGACUGAAGCCUGAAGAAACCAGUCACUCAUUAGUUAAACUAUGACAGUAUGUCAGGAGCGAGUGUCUCAGAUGUCAACGAUCGUCUCUCUGCUCUGGAGCUUCGUGUCCAGCAGCAGGAAGAUGAGCUGACGGUCAUGAAAGCUGCUCUUGCUGACGUCCUUCGUCGUCUUGCUGCCUCUGAAGACUCCGCUGCCUCCGCAACCAAAAAACAGCAAGGAGGAAAAGGUGGCGCUGCUUUGCGUGAAGCCUAUUCAAUGUCCUGUAUCGCUAAUGGAGGAACAUCUGGACGAAAGAGAGACUCCACAUCUGUCACCAGGAAGGAGACGGUGUCGUCGGCAGCCAAGAGUGGAGCAGACAGGAAAAAGGAGGUCAGCAGCCAGCGGUCUCAAAUGGAAGAGAUCCAGGAGCGUGAGGAACCUCCUCACCCAAAGGACCUGUCCCCCUCUCCUUCCUCCCCUCACCCUCCCCAGACCCCCCCGACCCCCCAGCCUCAGAGACCGGCCCAGUCCACCGACAGCAGUAAAGGCCACGCCCCUCCAAAAAGGGGACCCAGUGUGAAGCGGUCCUCAGGUAUGGAGCGCUCUCAGAGCAGCACCUGGGAGAGUUCAGAGGAAAACAGGAACAAACUGGUGAAAGCUGCGUCCACCUCCAAACUGCUGGCCAAGGUGGUCAAGAACGCUGAGAGACACAAAGACCCAGUCGUCAGUCAAGCCAAAAUGUCGACCCGAGAGAAAAACAGCCAAGCUGAGGGGAACAUUAAGAUGUUCAUGCGCGGUCGACCAAUCACCAUGUUCAUCCCUUCAGAUGUUGAGAACUAUGAGGACGUUCGGACAGAACUUCCCUCAGAAAGACUGAAGCUGGAGUGGGUGUAUGGUUACCGUGGCAGAGACUGCAGAGCGAACAUCUACCUCCUUCCAACCGGAGAGAUUGUUUACUUCAUCGCCUCCGUCGUGGUUCUGUUUAACUACGAAGAACGAACUCAGAGACAUUACCUUGGACACACCGACUGUGUCAAGUGUCUGGCCAUCCAUCCUGAUAAAAUCCGAAUCGCUACAGGACAGAUUGCAGGAGUGGACAAAGACGGACGGGCGCUGCAGCCUCACGUUCGUAUCUGGGACAGCGUCAGUCUGUCAACUCUGCAGGUCAUUGGUUUGGGAACAUUUGAGCGAGGCGUCGGCUCUCUGGCUUUCUCCAAAGCUGACUCUGGUCAGCACCUCAGUGUGAUUGACGACUGUAAUGAUCACAUGUUGACAGUUUGGGAUUGGCAGAAGAAAUCAAAGAUCGCUGAAAUCAAGACCACUAACGAGGUGGUCCUGGCUGUGGAGUUCCACCCCACCGACCCAAACACCAUUGUCACCUGUGGGAAGUCCCACAUCUUCUUCUGGACCUGGACUGGGACCUCACUGGCUCGUAAGCAGGGAAUCUUUGGGAAAUACGAGAAGCCAAAGUUCGUCCAGUGUCUGGCCUUCCUGAGUACUGGAGACAUCCUGACCGGAGACUCUGGAGGAAUCCUGCUGGUCUGGACCAGGAGCUCUGCUGAGACCCCCACUGGAAAGGGGCCCAGAGCGUUUCAGAUCAGUCGGCAGGUCAAAGGUCACGAGGGCAGUGUUUUCUGUAUGUGUGAGAUGAGGAGUGGCACUCUGCUGACCGGAGGAGGAAAAGACCGAAAAAUCAUCCUGUGGGAUCACGAGCUGAGAGCUGACCGAGACAUCGAGGUCCCAGAUCAGUAUGGAACCAUCAGGGCUGUGUCUGAGGGGAAGGGGGAAGAGUUUCUGGUUGGGACGUCUCGUAACUUUAUCCUUAGAGGAACCUUCAACGACGGCUUCCUGGUUGAGGUCCAGGGUCACACAGACGAGCUGUGGGGUUUAGCGUCUCACCCGUCCAGAGAGAUGUUUCUGACGUGUGCUCAGGACCGGCUGGUCUGUCUCUGGAACUCCGUGGAUCACAGUCUGCAGUGGAGUCGUACGCUGGAGGAACAUGGACACUGUGCAGACUUCCAUCCCAGUGGAGCUGUGGUCACCAUAGGAACUCACUCAGGAAAGUGGUACGUUCUGGAUGCAGAGACCACAGACCUGGUGGCGAUCCACACCGACGGGAACGAGCAGCUGUCGGUGAUGCGGUUCUCUGUAGAUGGGACUCUGCUGGCUGUUGGAUCUCAUGAUAACUUUAUUUACCUCUACACCGUCUCAGAGAGAGGACGCAAGUACAGCCGAUAUGGGAAGUGCACAGGACAUUCCAGCUACAUCACUCACCUGGAUUGGUCACCUGACAACAACUUCAUCAUGUCCAACUCUGGAGACUACGAGAUCCUCUACUGGGACGUUCCAAACGGUUGUAAACUGAUCAGAAAUCGUUCAGAGUGUAAAGACAUCGACUGGGCGACGUACACCUGCGUCCUGGGAUACCACGUGUUCGGUGUGUGGCCCGAGGGCUCAGACGGCACCGACAUCAACGCUCUGAUCAGAUCUCACAACAGGAAGGUGAUCGCUCUCGCUGAUGACUUCUGUAAAGUUCACCUGUUCGCCUACCCAUGCUCCACCCCCAAGGCUCCCAGCCAUAAGUACAGUGCACACAGCAGUCAUGUGACCAACGUCAGCUUCCUGCAUAACGACAGUCACCUGAUCUCGACGGGGGGGAAGGACACCAGCAUCAUGCAGUGGCGUUUGGUGGAGAAAUCUUCGCUCUCUCUCACUGAUGGCCUCCUAUCUAACUCCGCCCCCCGCCGAGCGGAACCCGCCUUCGCCCCACCCCCUCCUGCCGCAGCCGUGCCCGCACAGGAACCCAACCCUCACCCGACUGCCAACGGGACCCAAGAACCCUCCCCGGAAACCCCACCCCCCAUAGAGCUAGCCCCGCCUGCCUCCGAGUUAACCCCACCCCACUCUGAGUCGACUCCGCCCCCCUCGGACAGCACGGUGAGUCUGAAGGACAGCCUGGAGCCAAGCGAUGACACGGCCACGCCCAGCGAUGAGGGGCUGCCCCCCCUCACCCCCCCCUCAUAGACACAGUCUGUGUGUGUGUGUGAAUGUGGUACAGCUAUCUUUGUGAGGACUGGACCAUUUUUUACAAAAUGGGGACGUGUUUGGUCCUCACUUUGUCUGAAUUUCUGACCUGGUUUUAAAAUCCACUCAGUUUAAGGUUUAAAUAAAGUUCAAUACUUAGAACAUAUCUGAACUCAUGUUGAUCUGACCCAGUGUGACUUCACUUCCUGAGGAUAUCAUGAUCUCCGACGUCCUUUCAGAAUAAAAGCUCAGAGGAAACAGAGGCUGCAGAACUUCAUUUAGAUUUGUCCUGUUUUUAACUUUCUGUCAGUGUCACAGUAAAACAGUGAGAGUCGUCUGAUCACAGAGAGUUCAGCUGCUGUUUAUCAGUACGACUCGAUGGAAACAAAUAGAAUCAGUAACUGUCAGUGUCUAAUGUUAUUUUAAUGUUGGGGGGGGCAUUAUGCCAGUGAGGGUCCUCACAAGUAUAGAAGUACAGGUUUGUGUGUGUGUGUGUGUGGUGUGUGUGUGUCGGGACUCAAGCCUGCGGCUGCAGAGUCACAUGGUUUCUCUCACCAAUCAGCUGUUCAAAUAAACGUUCCUUCAGUUCAAACAAACAUGUGAUGUCACAGAAACACCUGGAGAGUCUGAUUUACCUGAGAGGAGACAUUACCUGACACACACCUGUCACACCUGGACACACUCACCUGGUGUGUUUUCUACCUGUCUGUCACAGGGAGGCAGCAGAGAGCAGAGGGCAGGUGAGAACACCUGAGGAAUUAAAUGCUUCUUUUUUAAGACCUGAAGGAUGAAAACUACUGUACAGGUGAAACAGGUGUGUCUCAGGUAAAGUCUCUUCACCAAUAAGAGCAGAGCAGGAGCAGAAAGUGUCAGGAUCAGAGGAAACCUUAGAGUCUUAAAUUUGUUUUAGAAAGUUGCUUUUUAAAGUCUGAAGACAGAAUCUCUGAUCAUGUUUUUAUUGUUUUAUUGAUGAAUAACGAUUAUUGAUCUUUGAUCUCUAACAGUUAUUGAUCAGUUAUCAUGUAAAAUGAGAUGCAAACUGUAAAUUCUCAAAACUUAAAACCUUUUCUAUAAACACUUUGUUUCACAUUAAAAGCUCUCUGCUGUGAAAGGCUUUUAAUGUGAAACAUAUAGGAAACAUGGAGCUUUAAUUGCAUUUAAAGCAGGAGAAAUAAAAAUGUGUCUUUAGUUUCUGACAUGAUGCUCAGAAGUCUAAAACCAUCACUCCCAGGAUGUAUUUCACUAACAAACAGCCAAUGACAGAGCUUCACAUUUUCAGUUCAGGUCUUAAAUCUGUCAGAACCAGUCAGGUCAUGUUUCAGGACCUGUCACCUGAGACAGAUGAGAAUCAGUGAGAGAGUCGAGGUGAAGUAAACACAGAAAACACGGAAACAUGGAGCCUCCAGAGUGAAAGCUGUGACAGACAUGUUUGUUUUUCUCCGACAGAGACAAGUGUAUCAGAGUGAGACAUCUCUGACAGAGGAUCUGUGUUUGUAUAUACUGCAGACGUCUGUGUGUAUAUUUCUGUUCACCACAGAGGGGCAGCAGCUCCUCAGCUACACUGUAAAAAUAUAUCCAACACCCACAUCUCUCAGCCAAUCAGGUCACAGGACACACAAGCUCCUCUCCUCUGAUUGGCUAGUUUUCAGUGACUCACUGAAUGACUGCUGAUGAUGAUUGUUUUUGUCUCUUCUGGACCAUUUCUGUUCAAAUGUUUUCUGAAUGUUGGGAUGAUGAUGUCACUCCAGGGGGCGGGGUGGUCAGAUGGGGGGAGGGAGGGGGCGUUGGGCUGGGGGGUGGGGGGGUUGAGGUGGGUUCAUGUUUUUGCCUUUUUAAUACUCGUGGGUUUAUCUUCAUCUUUUCUAUGCUCGUCUCUCUGAAGGGCUUGUACAGAGUUCAGGGACUCACCUGGACGUUCAGGUAGGGGCGGGGCCAGAAGGGGUGUGGACAGGUGAUUGGAUGCUGGGUGUUGGGCGGUGUCGUCGGUAUGGGGGUGGGACGGGGGGGCAGGGCUACGGGGGAUUAAAGUGUUUAUUUUGCUUUUGCGUUACUCUCAGUAACGACAUUGAUACUCAUGAUGAUGAUGACGACGAUGUUCAUGUGACUGUUUUGAGCCAAUCAUGUCUUCUCUCAUGCAUUCCUGUCAGAUGACAGACUGUACUGAAGAUUUCAACAAAAAAAUGCAAAUAAAUGUUUUGAAAACUAAAAAGGCUGAAUCAGA